AGUAGGUAAUGUCAUCAGGGCCCAGUUGUUGGAAAACCGAUUAGCGCUAACCCGGGAUUAAAGUUAUGUUAAUCUGGGUUUCUUACUCUUCUGUUCAAAAGCAUUUUCUCGGAUAAUUUUCUCUGUUCCUUACGGAGCACCAAAUCACUACAUUGCAGGCAAAAAGAAUUAAACUGAAUUUUGUUUGUAAGCUUUCAUAUCUGAUUUAAAACUUUGCACUAACCCUGCUUUGAACAAUCCAGCCCAGGUCCUUAAUUAGGUACUGGAAUAUGAAAGUAUCUUAGCAGUGUCAUAGGUGAUUUCCUUUAUGAUGUCAGUGAUCGUUACAUUACUUUAAUUAGCAAUCUAAAGGAUUUGAAAGUCGUUUGGCACACGUUUGUAAAAAAAAUAGCAAGAGAAAUCUCCACAAUCAGUAGAGCAGCUACAUAGUAUGCUAGCAAAAAGUGGUUUAGGCUUCCCCACUGAAUCCCACAAACUCUUCUGUGAAAUUUCCUGACUGUUCAAAGCUCUCAUUUGUACCGGGCGGGAUCCUAACUAUUUCAUAAAAGUUAGGGUCCAGGAGAUCAUCAACCAGAACAAUCUUCAGAACAUUGAAACUUUUCGAUAAAUAAGUAUAUAAAUAAAUUAUAGUUUAGAGGUAGCACAUCUACUAAGUGGUUCUUCAUCUACUUGAUUUCCUGGUUGAAUUAAAAUUUUGAAGAUGAUGGUUUUUGAGAGUAGGGGAAAACUGGAGUAGCACCAACAACAAACUCAACCCACAUGCGGUGUUGACACCAGGAUUUGAACUUGGGCCACAAUGGUGGGAGGAGAUCAAGUGCUCUCACCACUGCACCACCCUUGCUCCUCUCUCUAUAUAAUUGGCCUUGGAAAGGUUUUGAAUGAUGUAUGAAAAUGACAAAUUAGUGAUGGUUGUGAUCCUACCUGCCAUAUGGGAUCAGAGCAUUUUGGGGGAACAUGUGGCAGGGGUCGGCCAAUUUUUGCAAAUGUGCUCACUGUGGAAAAUACUUCAAUUUAUGCCCAUUAAACGUUAAGUUUUAAAAAUCAGUCCUGUUUCCUUAAAAUUAAAGCGAUACAGAGAAGAAGUGUGACAUCACAGUACCAUGGUAGCAGAAUUUCUGGAUCACAAUGUUAGAGAGCUAAACCAACGACGACGGCGAAGCCAACAAGAAACAGCGAAAGAGUAAUAGCAAAACAGCAAUGCUGCACGUGCAUCACACUCUUGUAGAUUUCGUAACAGUCGUUGCACAACUGUGACACAAAACUUCCUAAUUUUAUGUGCCUUCUUUCUGGAGUAGGUGAACACAACACAAAAUUUUCUUUUUCUUUUUCUUAACUUUCGGAUGCAACUCCAGAAAAUUUCGCCAACAUUUGACAAAGUAAAUGAAGAAUGUCGAUGAAGUAUGAAACAGUGCGAAUUAACGUUUUAAGUGACGUUUUUGUUUUGUUGUCAUCCAGAAAAUGUGCUACCAUGGCAACGUGAUGUGACAACUUCUCUUUUCUAUUCCUAUUUACCAAGCUGCCUAUUCGAAAUUUUGCAGAUGACGUUCCGCCCAUGAUGAUCCCUGAAGAACAUGAUGCAAGGACAAGAUGAUUUAAUGAUAAUUAUUUAGCUUUACUUGUUUUUAUUACCUAAUAUUACGUAAUAUUAUUUAAAAACUGUAAGUAAUUAGGCUUGAUGUUUCUUCGUCUUUAAGAAAAAGGGUAUAAUGAUAGAGUAAACACCCAUGUUAGUACCAAUUUUAUCUAAUAACACGUCAAAAUGAGUCUAGAUCGCAAUGUUAACGUAAGAAUUAAGUAUGAGGAUAUUGCUAUGCUUAUAUUAAGAGUGCGCGUGUUAUUAAUAUCUAGUAAUUAAUUAGCUGAGGACGGUUUGAUAAUCAUGAAAAUUAAGUGAGCGCGUGUUAUUUAUCUAGUGAUUAAUUUAAGACUGGUAUGUUGCAUCGCUUAUGUAAGAAUUAAGAAUGUGUGCAUGUUAUUAAUAUAGUGAUUAAUUCACUACAGGGUCUUGCAAUGUUUAUUCGACAAUGAAGAGUGUGCAUGUUAUUUAUUUAGUGAUAGGUUUACUAAGUUUAGUAAUUAAUUUACUAAGAGCAGAUUGCAAUCUCAUAUCAGAAAUUGAGUGUCUGUGUGUUAUUUAAUGUUCAACUUACUAUGAGGAUAUUGCUACGCUUAUAUUAAGAGUGCGCGUGUUAUUAAUAUCUAGUAAUUAAUUAGCUGAGGACGGUUUGAUAAUCAAAAAUUAAGUGAGAGCGUGUUAUUUAUCUAGUGAUUAAUUUAAGACUGGUAAUUAUCGCAUCGCUUAUGUAAGAAUUAAGAAUGUGUGCAUGUUAUUAAUAUAGUGAUUAAUUCACUACAGGAUCUUGCGAUGUUUAUGCGACAAUUAAGAGUGUGCAUGUUAUUUAUUUAGUGAUAAGUUUACUAAGGUGAAUUGCAAUGCUUAUGUAAGAAUUAAGAAUGCACACGUGUUUUAAUUUAGUAAUUAAUUUCCAAGAGUAGAUUGCAAUCUCAUCAGAAAUUGAGUGUCUGUGUGUCAUUUAUUUAAUGCUUAACUUACUAUGAGGAUAUUGCUACGCUUAUAUUAAGAGUGCGCGUUUUAUUAAAAAUUAGCUGAGAACAAUUUGAUAAUCAUAAAAAUUAAGUGAGCGCGUGUUAUUUAUCUAGUGAUUAAUUUAAGACUGGUAUGUUGCAUCGCUUAUGUAAGGAUUAAACAGUCUUGCAAUGUAUAUGCGACAAUUAAGAGUGUGCAUGUUAUUUAUUUAGUGAUUAAUUUACUAAGGUGAAUUGCAAUGCUUAUGUAAGAAUUAAGAAUGCAGACGUGUUUUAAUUUAGUAAUUAAUUUACUAAGAGUAGAUUGCAAUCUCAUAUCAGAAAUUGAGUGUCUGUGUGUUAUUUAUUUAAUGCUUAACUUACUAUGAGGAUAUUGGUAUGCUUAUAUUAAGAGUGCGCGUGUUAUUAAUAUCUAGUAAUUAAUUAGCUGAGGACGAUUUGAUAAUCAUAAAAAUUAAGUGUGCGCGUGUUAUUUAUCUAUUGAUUAUUUUAAGACUGGUAUGUCGCAUCGCUUAUGUAAGAAUUAAGAAUGUGUGCAUGUUAUUAAUAUAGUGAGUAAUUCACUACAGGGUCCUUGCAAUGUUUAUGCGACAAUUAAGAGUGUGCAUGUUAUUUAUUUAGUGAUAAGUUCACUGAAGUGAAUUGCAAUGCUUAAGUAAGAAUUAAGAAUGCACACGUGUUUUAAUUUAGUAAUUAAUUUACUAAGAGUAGAUUGCAAUCUCAUAUCAGAAAUUGAGUGUCUGUGUUAUUUAUUUAUUGCUUAACUUACUAUGAGGAUAUUGAUACCCUUAUAUUAAGAGUCCGCAUGUUAUUAAUAUCUAGUAAUUAAUUAUUUGAGGUCGGUUUGAUAAUCAUAACAAUUAAGUGAGUGCGUGUUAUUUAUCUAGUGAUUAAUUUGCAAUGAAUUGCAAUGCUUAUGUAAGAAUUAAGAAUGCACACGUAUUUUAAUUUAGUAAUUAAUUUACUAAGAGUAGAUUGCAAUCUCAUAUCAGAAAUUGAGUGUCUGUGUGUUAUUUAUUUAAUGCUUAACUUACUAUCAGGAUAUUGUUACGCUUAUAUUAAGAGUGCGCAUGUUAUUAAUAUGUAGUAAUUAAUUAGCUGAGCGCGUGUUAUUUAUGUAGUGAUUAAUUUAAGACUGGUAUGUCGCAUCGCUUAAGUGAGAAUUAAACAAAGUCUUGCAAUGUUAUUCGACAAUUAAGAGUGUGCAUGUUAUUUAUUUAGUGAUUAAUUUACUAAGGUGAAUUGCAAUGCUUAUGUAAGAAUUAAGAAUGCACACGUGUUUUAAUUUAGUAAUUAAUUUACUAAGAGUAGAUUGCAAUCUCAUAUCAGAAAUUGAGUGUCUGUGUUAUUUAUUUAAUGCUUAACUUACUAUGAGGAUAUUGCUAUGUUUAUAUUAAGAGUGCACGUGUUAUUAAUAUUUAGUAAUUAAUUAGCUGAGGACGAUUUGAUAAUCAUAAAAAUUAAGUGAGCGCGUGCUAUUUAUCUAGUGAUUAAUUUAAGACUGGUAUGUCGCAUCGCUUAUGUAAGAAUUAAGAAUGUCUGCAUGUUAUUAAUAUAGUGAUUAAUUCACUACAGGGUCCUUGCAAUGUUUAUGCGACAAUUAAGAGUGUGCAUGUUAUUUAUUUAGUGAUAAGUUUACUAAGGUGAAUUGCAAUGCUUAUGUGAGAAUUAAGAAUGCACACGUGUUUUAAUUUAGUAAUUAAUUUACUAAGAGUAGAUUGCAAUCUCAUAUCAGAAAUUGAGUGUCUGUCUGUUAAUUAUUUAAUGCUUAACUUACUACGAGGGUAUUGCAAUGCUUAUGAAUUAACAGUGCGUGCGUUUUAUUAAUCUGGUAAUUAACUUACCACAAGGGUAUUGCAAUGCUUAUGAAAAGUUGCUUCUGACAGUUUAGUACAAUAGAACCGACUAGUAUUUUCCUGCGUUUGACUUGUUAAUUAGCAGGAAAAUAUGCUCUGAUUCGGUAUCUUAUGUUUGUUUAGGCGUGUGCGCUGGUAUGUGGGUAAUUAGUAGGGGUAUAUAUUUGGGCGUGCUGGUUUUGUCGUUCAUCUCGGUCUUGCUGUUCCAGCGUUCGGGUCAUUUUUGUUUGUUUUUUACUUUCUAGUGUGUGUGUGUGUGUGUUCUUUUUGCUUUUAUUUUGCAGAUGUUUUCAGCUCUACUGUGUGGUCGGAUCUUCGGGCUGCGGUUCCCCAGGGAUCCAGUGUUUUACAAUCCCUUGCAAGUUCUCUUCCGGAUGUUGCGUUGGCUAGCAGAGCACCCAGUACUUCCGCCAAGUAUUUUUCUUCUUACAACAGAUGGAGGUCUUGGGCACGAGAACAUGGCUUGACAGUUUUUCCCGCUUCUCCGUUUCACUUUGCUGUAUAUUUGCGUCAUUUGAUGACUGAGGCGAAGACAGCAUCUCCCCUGGAGUCAGCAGUUCACAGCAUUGCCUGGUUUCACCAGCUGGAUGGCGAGCCGUCUCCUUCUGAUCAUCCGUUGGUGAAGAGUACUCUUGCCGGUGCGCAGCGUUUGCUGGCCCAUCAAACAACCAAGAAGGAGCCUAUCACAGUCUCUCAGUUAGAGCAGUUAGUUGCCUCCAAGGCGGACUCAAUGGCCUCUUUGUAUAAUAUUCGUUCGGUUGUUAUUUGCUUACUAGCUUUUGCUGCCUUUCUCAGAUUUGUUGAGCUUGCUAAGCUUGUUCGAUCGGAUGUUAAGAUCGAAAAUGACAUGUUAAAGUUAUUCAUUCAAUCUAGUAAACCUGAUCAGUAUAGGGAUGGAGCUUGGAUUGUUGUAGCUUCUUCUAGGAAAGCAACUUGUCCGGUUGAU